GCCAUUGCGGUUUAAAUUCGAUCAGUUAAACGUUAAUCAUUGUUUCCACUCAUUUUAUCUGGGAAAAUGCUUGACGAACAAAAGCCAACUUUGAUAGCAGAUAUUUCGAUUCGCCUCGGAAGAACACUAGCCAUAAUAAAGCCUGAUGCUAUAGACCGCAGCGAUGAAAUCGAAGAAAUAAUUCAACAACAUGGAUUCACUAUCUUACAGAAACGACAAGUUUAUCUCACUCCGGAGCAGACGAGUGAUUUUUAUGCAGAACAUUAUGGGAAAAUGUUCUUUCCCAGUUUGGUGGCGUAUAUAAGCAGUGGUCCCAUACUUGCUCUCACACUGAGAGAGGAUGCGGUUUCAUAUUGGAGGCAGUUAAUAGGACCAACGAACACUCUUAAAGCCAGGGAUCAAGCUCCAGAAAGUUUACGGGCGAUUUACGGCACGGACAGCCAGAGAAAUGCACUCCAUGGAAGCGACAGUGGAACGAGUGCCGAAAGAGAAAUUCACUUCUUCUUUCCGAACAGUAUCGUACAACCAGUAUCGUAUGGUCAGCGAGCCAAAGACUAUCUUAGUCGAGCCGUCAACAGCACUCUUGUAAAAGGAUUAACUGAACUAUGCAAAAAACCCGAGGAUCCAAUAUUAUGGCUAUCAGACUGGCUAAUCGAGAACAAUCCAAACAAGCCAAAAAUCAAACAACCCGAUUAUGAAGUAGAAGAACCCGAGGAUAUAUAAACUGCUUACGAUGAAAAUUGAUCCUAACUUAAUAAUAGUGAACAAAUAUUUCGGCAUUGAAAUAGCAGGGAAAUAAUAUGCAUAGAAUAUAUUCCAUUUUGUAAAUAAAAUGCAAACGAAAUUCAAA